AUGCGCCUUCUCGACAGCACAACCUUGCGACCAGAGGUAUUUCUCGGAAGCAACAUUCCCAAGUAUGCAAUUCUGUCUCAUACGUGGGAGAAUGAAGAGGUGUCCUAUCAGGACUUGAGCACACUUACUUUUCAAACAAAGAAAGGAUGGCAGAAGAUUCGAAAGACGUGCGAGCUUGCCCGUCAGGUCAACAUCGAUUGGGUUUGGGUAGACACAUGCUGCAUCGACCAGUCCAGCAGCGCUGAAUUGACUGAAGCAAUUAACUCUAUGUUUCGGUGGUAUGGAAGGGCCGCGAAGUGCAUCGCAUACCUUUCCGACUUGCCAGUCGAAUCCGACAUCGAUUCCGCCCUGCCACGGUGUCGCUGGUUUACGCGAGGUUGGACGCUGCAAGAACUGAUCUCGCCAUCAAUUGUGCAGUUCUUCGACGAAGAGUGGCACUAUCGAGGCAGCAAGCAUGAUCUCAGCAAGCAGAUAAUGACCAUUACGCACAUCCCGGAGGACGUGUUGUUGGGCAAGACUCCAUUGAGCACGUUGCCAGUUGCGCAAAGGAUGUCUUGGGCAGCGGCACGCAAGACAUCCCGAUUGGAGGAUGCGGCGUACUGCCUCUUUGGAAUAUUCGACGUCAACAUGCCAUUACUGUACGGGGAAGAGGAGAAGGCGUUCCGACGCCUACAGUUAGAGAUCAUUCGCUCGACUCCUGAUUUAAGUAUAUUCGGAUGGACCAUUUCUAUGAACGCUCAACUGUGCCCAGGAUGGACUCCGGGAUCCACAGCAUAUGCCAGCGUGUUGGCUCCUUCACCGGAGGCGUUCACGAAUUGUGCGGACUACGCGAAGCUCUCGAGUCGGCCCACUGGAGAGCUUGCUAUUUCGAAUCUGGGUGUCAAAGCCACAGUCCAGCUGAUCUACACGGAGAUGACUGAAACAAAGGGAUUCAAGUAUGUUCUUCCCUUGUAUUGCCGCAACAGACGGUACGAGAACUUGGGCGUGGACUUGAGAAAGUGUGGACCGGACCAAUUUGUCCGUGCAAAUCCGGCCUGUCUCGUGACAAUCAAGCCGACGAGCAACGCAGAAGCUCCCCGAGAAAGACACCUGAUCACGUCCAUGUUGUUUUUGGAUCAUGCUGCGCCGUCGACGUACUUUUCCAAUGCGUCGCUCAUUUCCAGAUGUCGCUCGGGUGUACUGCAAAUUCGACUUGGCCUGGCCUUGGUCAUGCACGACGUCUGGCCGUGGGCUCGCUUCGACGACCAAGAUCAACUGUUCUUUGUUGCCAACGAGGGAUAUGGGAACUGGGACUCGGCCACGUUACGGAUGGGAGUCGCAAAUCACAAGGGUCGUGAGUGCAUGUUCUAUGCGACUGGGUGGAGUGCGCAUAGCAAACAGUCUCUCCAGUGUUCCAUCGUCGAUUACGAGCGCUUCAAGCCAGCUAUCAAAGAUAUCCAAGAUUCGUUGGUCAGAUGGAAUUACGACAGGAUUCGCGUGCGAAGUUCACUGCAUGCGGCAAGAAUACCAAGACAACCAGCGGUCUUCUUCGAGGGCUCAAACGACAGAGGCUACAUGGGUAUAUCAUUUGAGCUAACACUAGUCAAAGAAUCCAGCGUCUGUUGCCGCCCGUUCUGGCGAGUGGAAUUCUCCUGCAAGCAUUACACCAACAAAAAUUUUCCAACUAUGGCGCGGGAAAGCUGGAGCAGUACGUGACGAGCUCUGACCAUUUUUGUUCAUACGCAUGAAGAGUCACGCUUUGGGAACAAACCGGCUUGAGGAUGAAAAUAUUGGGCUUUGCUGUUGCUUCGGAGUCCUGUCUCCGUUGACCACAAGAGCACAUUCGCAACCAGUCGGAAGGACAAAGAAUGAAGGAUGUUGCCGAGAGCGUUCUUAGAGUGACAGAAGCAAUCCAGGUACAAUAGUCGAAUCCCGGAGCUUCGGUCGACGAG